GUCCCGCAACCAACGCGAGAUUACGGACAUAUCGCGAGAGUGACGGUUUGAGCAGCAAUCUCUGACGCUGUCUCUCUCUGAAUAACCUCUUUAGGUCCUGAAAUGUCAGGGACAGUCGACUUGAUUUAAAUUAUUUCUUUAAAACAAACGCUUUCCACCUGCAGGACGGGCUGAAACAUGGAGGCCGGCGAAGGUGUCAGCAGUGCCACGCCCACAGAGGAGAUGAAUGGAGCUGGAAACUUGAUGGAUUUCCUGGAUGAGCCUUUUCCUGACGUGGGCACAUAUGAAGACUUCCACACCAUCGACUGGCUGAGGGAGAAAUCCAGAGACACAGACCGUCACCGCAAGAUCACCAGUAAGAGCAAAGAGUCCAUCUGGGAGCUGAUCAAGAGCCUGCUGGACGCCUGGUCAGGAUGGGUGGUGAUGCUGCUCAUUGGACUGCUCUCAGGUACACUGGCUGGAGUCAUCGACCUGGCGGUGGACUGGAUGACAGACCUGAAGGAAGGCGUCUGUCUGUCGGCCUUCUGGUACAGCCACGAGCAGUGCUGCUGGACGUCCAACGAGACGACGUUCGAUGACCGGGACAAAUGUCCGCAGUGGCAGAAGUGGGCGGAGCUGAUGACCGGCCACGCUGAGGGAGCUGGAGCCUACGUGUUGAACUACUUCCUGUACAUUCUCUGGGCUCUCCUGUUUUCCUUCCUGGCGGUGUCACUGGUGCGAGUCUUCGCUCCGUACGCCUGCGGAUCAGGAAUCCCAGAGAUCAAGACGAUCCUCAGCGGCUUCAUCAUCCGGGGCUACCUCGGGAAAUGGACCCUGCUGAUCAAGACCGUCACGCUGGUGCUGGCGGUGUCCUCCGGUCUCAGCCUGGGGAAGGAGGGUCCUCUGGUCCAUGUGGCCUGCUGCUGUGGAAACCUCUUCUGCAGUCUCUUCUCCAAGUACAGCAAGAACGAGGGAAAGCGGCGAGAGGUGUUAUCAGCUGCAGCAGCAGCUGGGGUGUCGGUGGCCUUUGGGGCCCCCAUCGGAGGAGUCCUGUUCAGCCUGGAGGAGGUCAGUUAUUAUUUCCCUCUGAAGACUCUUUGGCGUUCGUUCUUUGCCGCUCUGGUCGCCGCCUUCACGCUGCGCUCCAUCAACCCGUUUGGCAACAGCCGCCUGGUGCUGUUCUACGUCGAGUACCAUACGCCGUGGUACAUGGCCGAGCUGGUCCCCUUCAUCCUGCUGGGUGUGUUUGGCGGCCUCUGGGGGACCCUCUUCAUCCGGGCCAACAUUGCCUGGUGCCGGCGGAGGAAGACCACCGAGCUGGGGAAGUACCCGGUCCUGGAGGUCAUCGCUGUGACGGGGAUCACCGCCGUGCUGGCGUACCCCAACCCGUACACCCGCCGCAGCACCAGCGAGCUCAUCUCUGAGCUCUUCAACGACUGCGGCGCGCUGGAGUCGUCGCAGCUCUGUGAUUACAUCAACAACCCCAACAUGAGUCGGCCAGUGGACGACAUCCCAGACCGACCGGCGGGACCCGGGGUCUACAACGCACUGUGGCAGCUCGCCCUCGCUCUCAUCUUCAAGAUCGUCAUCACCAUCUUCACCUUCGGCAUGAAGAUCCCUUCAGGUCUCUUCAUUCCCAGCAUGGCGGUCGGAGCGAUCGCCGGGCGGAUCGUCGGGAUCGCCGUGGAGCAGAUGGCGUAUCACCAUCACGACUGGAUCAUCUUCAAGAACUGGUGCCGGCCCGGGGCAGACUGCGUCACACCUGGACUCUACGCCAUGGUGGGAGCUGCCGCCUGUCUGGGCGGCGUCACCAGGAUGACCGUCUCCCUUGUGGUCAUCAUGUUCGAGCUCACCGGUGGGUUGGAGUACAUUGUCCCGCUCAUGGCCGCCGCCGUCACCAGCAAGUGGGUGGCCGACGCCUUCGGGAAGGAGGGAAUAUAUGAGUCGCACAUCCAGCUCAACGGCUACCCCUACCUGGACGUCAGGGACGAGUUCACCCACCGCACGCUGGCCACCGAUGUGAUGAGGCCCCGCAGGAACGACCCCCCUCUGGCCGUCCUCACCCAGGACAGCACCACGGUGGAGGACGUUGAGACGCUGAUCAAAGACACAGAUUAUAACGGCUUCCCGGUGGUCGUGUCCAGAGAGUCGGAGCGGCUCAUCGGCUUCGUUCAGCGCCGGGACCUCACCCUCGCCAUCAAAAAUGCCCGUCAGAAGCAGGACGGCGUGGUGAGCAGCUCGGUGGUCUACUUCACCGAAGACGCGCCGCAGCUGCCGGCCAGCAACCCGCAGCCGCUGAAGCUGCGACGCAUCCUGAACCUCAGCCCCUUCACCGUCACCGACCACACGCCCAUGGAGACGGUGGUGGACAUCUUCCGCAAGCUGGGCCUCCGCCAGUGUCUGGUCACCAGGAGCGGGCGUCUCCUGGGCAUCAUCACCAAGAAGGACGUCCUGCGACACAUGGCUCAGAUGAUGAACCAGGAUCCAGAGUCCAUCAUGUUCAAUUAGCCGCAGAGACGAGCUUCACUCCGCCGGCGGUGUAAAUAGGCGAAAGCUGGUGCGACGCUACUGUUCUGCAACCUGUGAAAACCCCUCCCACCUGCUGACAGGCAAGUCCCACAACAGCACGGCUCCAUGUGUUCUCAGUGUAACGGCGCCGGAGUGUUUUCAGUUCAAGGCGGCCUGUGACACAGUGCUUUUAUUUUGAAAAAUCUUCUUUUCAACAUUUCGAACCCUCAGAAGAUCACAUGAUUAAAACGUGAAGAAGACGACGUGAUGUCAGCUGCUGCUAGCCAAUGAAAUCAUCCCAUACAACACACAGAGCCGCGCUGAGACUGAAGCAGUGUUUGUAACUUUGAGUGCAGCCACAGGGUGGACGCUCAGCUCACAGUGCUCUGUGUCGUCAUGUGGAAUAUUUCUCAUUCAGAAAGACGUGUUUGAAAAAAGAAAAAUCCAAUUUCAUCAGUUUAUUCAAACUUAAUGACACUAAAUCCUAAAAUCUGCUGAAACAUGGGACCAGUUUGAAGCCGAUCACCGUCUGAACUCUCUGCUCCUGCUUUUAUUUCCAGCUGGAGUUCAGACU